CCCCAUAAAAUGUUUAUGGGCCAUUUGAGUGAACAAACUGAUCACGGUGGUUGAUAUUCAUUAUGGCUAGUCUGGUGGUGGUGCAGCACAGACAACCGUCUUCCACCGUCCUCUCUUCUUCUCUCUCCGACUUCAACGGCGCCAGACUUACCUCCUCAGUCCAGUUGAGGAGGAAAGUAUGGCAGCCGAAAGGAGCAUUACGCGUUAGUGCAUCGAGUGCCAAGAAAAUCCUUAUAAUGGGAGGCACUCGGUUCAUUGGCAUAUUCUUGUCCAGACUCCUCGUCAAAGAAGGCCAUCAGGUCACACUUUUCACUAGAGGAAAAGCUCCAAUUGCUCAACAGCUGCCCGGUGAAUCCGAGGCUGAUUUCUCUGAUUUCUCCUCCAAGAUAUUACACUUGAAGGGAGACAGACAAGACUUUGAUUUUGUCAAGACCAGCCUCGCAGCAGAAGGUUUUGAUGUUGUAUAUGACAUCAACGGGCGCGAAGCAGUUGAAGUUGAACCUAUACUUGAUGCUCUACCAAACCUUGAACAGUAUAUAUACUGCUCUUCAGCUGGAGUUUACCUCAAAACUGAUUAUCCUCCACAUUAUGAGGUUGAUGCAGUUGACCCAAAGAGCAGACACAAGGGCAAGCUCGAGACGGAGAGCUUGCUGGCAUCAAGAGAUGUGAACUGGACUUCUAUAAGGCCAGUCUACAUCUAUGGGCCAUUGAACUACAACCCCGUUGAGGAAUGGUUCUUCCACCGCCUGAAAGCAGGCCGUCCCAUCCCUGUCCCCAACUCAGGCAUACAGAUCACACAGCUUGGUCAUGUCAAGGACCUUGCAACCGCCUUCAUCAAGGUGCUUGGCAAUCCGAAUGCAAGCAAGGAAGUGUUCAACAUCUCUGGAGAUAAAUAUGUCACAUUUGAUGGUCUAGCAAGGGCAUGUGCUAAGGCUGGUGGAUUCCCUGAGCCUGAGAUUGUUCACUACAACCCUAAAGAGUUUGAUUUCGGCAAGAAGAAGUCGUUCCCUUUCCGGGACCAGCAUUUCUUUGCAUCGAUUGACAAGGCGAAGAGCUUGCUGGGAUGGACGCCAGAGUUUGAUCUGGUGGAAGGUCUUACAGAUUCCUACAACCUAGACUUUGGCAGAGGGACAUUCAGGAAAGAAGCUGAUUUCUCAACUGAUGACAUUAUUCUGGGAAAGUCUCUUGUUCUUCAGUCCUAGAACAAAACACAAUCUCUUUUUACUCUUGUUGAGUUUUUCUUUCAAUUUUUUGUAUGUUGAGUAUUGAUCUUCUCUGUACAUUUGUGAACACUCAAUCAUAAAUUAAAUCUCAGUAUGAAAAUUUGUUGUUUUCGCACAA